AGUGACAACGGUCCGCGGGGCUCGCGCCGUGGCCACUCUGCCGUAAAGCGGACCCGGCGGGCGUCGCAAAGGGGAAUUGGACCCGCUGCCGUAAAACAAGGCCGGAGCACGUCGCAAGCCGCGCCGCCGUAAAGCGAUACCGCCGCGUGUGUCGUAAAGCCAACCCGGCCGGGGGUCCAUGGGGACGGGCGGAAUCCGCCACACCGCCGUAAAGCGCGACACGGGCGGCUGCCGUAAAACCACCCCCCGCGAGGGCUGAGCGUGGCCGUAAAGCGUCGCCGCCCGCGGGCAGGCCCCGCCUCCUGACCUUGCCGUAAAGCGCGGAGCGGGCCCCCCCGGAAGGAGAUGUCGUAAAACCGCCUCGCCAUCCCCCUCGCCCGGCGGCCGGGUUUUACGACAGUGUCGCGCGGUGCCGGGGGACGAUGGCGGCGGCGGCGCUGGCGGUGUCCGGGCUCCGGGUCGGGCCGGCGGGGGGGGCCCCGGACUGGGCGGGGCGGCCCCUGAGCACCGGGACAACCAUCAUCGCGGUGGAGUUCGACGGGGGGGUCGUGAUCGGCGCCGACUCGCGGACAACCACGGGCUCCUACGUGGCUAAUCGAGUGACGGACAAACUGACGCCCAUCCACGAGCGCAUCUUCUGCUGCCGCUCCGGCUCCGCCGCCGACACCCAGGCCAUCGCCGACGCCGUGGCCUAUCAGCUGGGCUUCCACAGCAUCGAGCUGGACGAGCCGCCCCUGGUGCACACGGCCGCCAGCCUCUUCAAGGAGAUGUGUUACCGCUACCGUGAGGACCUCAUGGCCGGCAUCAUCGUCGCCGGCUGGGACAGGCGCAAGGGGGGGCAGGUGUUCGCGGUGCCCAUGGGCGGGAUGAUGGUUCGCCAGCCCUUCUCGGUGGGCGGCUCGGGCAGCUCCUACAUCUACGGCUUCGUCGACGCCUCCUACAAGCCGGGCAUGAGCCGGGAGGAGUGUCUGAGCUUCACGGCCAAUGCGCUGGCGCUGGCCAUGCAGCGGGACGGCUCCAGCGGCGGGGUGAUCCGGCUGGCCGCCAUCACGGAGCAGGGCGUGGAGCGCCAGGUCAUCCUGGGCAACCGGCUGCCGGGCUUCUCCGCCCCCUGAGGGGGGGCCCCCCGACCCCCCCGCAACGCACGGAUUAAACUAUCGGAACCCAC